AUGGACUCCUCCCCUCCUCCUUCUCCUCCUCCCGAAGAGGAUAAAGAGGAGGUUACUAAGAGGUUUCUGGUUUCCAUGCUGGAGCAGAUAUCGUCUUUAGUAGGAGUGCUUUCUAAGGAGCCUCCUAGAAGGAAAGACACUUCCCUCCCUAUCAAAAGGUCCUCCAGACGUGUGGAGGUACCUGCCGCCAGGAUCGAUGCUCCUACUCGAGGUGAGGCUCCUAGUAAGAACGUGGAGUCAACCUCACGGAGGGAGCCGAUCAGGCGUCUGGCACCGGCCAGGAGUGAGGAGUCACCCAGGAGGCAGGAGCCAAGAGCCAGGAGCGAAGAGUCUCCCAGCAGGCAGGAGCCAAGAGCCAGGAGUGAGGAGUCACCCAGGCAGGAGUCAGGAGUCAGGAGUCAGGAGUCAGGAGGCAGGAGGCAGGAGGCAGGAGGCAGGAGUCAAGAGCCAGUAGGCAGGAGUCGGAGUUCUUCCAUGAGGCAAGAUACGAAUAGACUCAUAUCUGGAAUUUAUGACUCUUCUCCAAACAGAAGCUCCUCUCCUUCAGAUCGUUGGAGGUCUUGGAAAGACUCUUCCUCCAAACGAGAGCUUUCUCCUUCGUCGGAUCGGGGUUUGGACGAGUUGUGA